AUGAGAAAAAGGAAGACAUGCUUGAAAGCAAUAGUAAUUGUUUAAUAAGCAUACUAAGUUACUUCAAUAUCAAACUAUUAGUUUAUUGAUGCAAUAGGCCGAGGAGGAUUUGGAAAAGUGUGGAAAGUGAAGAAAAAGAAAAAUACAUUGUUUUAUGCAUUGAAGGUUAUGUCCAAAGCAAAAAUCAUACUAAAAAAGUCAGUUUAGUCAGUUUUGAAUGAGAGAUAGUUGUUAAGCAAUCUGAGAAAUGGAUUUAUGAUUAACAUGCAAUGUGCUUUUCAAGACAAGGAAUAUUUGUAUUUAGUAAUGGAUUUGUUAACAGGAGGAGAUUUGAGAUUUCAUAUAGGGAGGUUAAGAAGAUUUAACGAAGAAUAAACAAAAUUUUUUGCUGCUUGUAUUAUCAUAGCACUUGAAUAUUUACAUUAGAAUGGGAUACUGCAUAGAGAUUUAAAGCCAGAGAACUUGGUUUUUGAUAGUAGUGGUUAUUUGAGAUUAACUGAUUUGGGGAUAGCUAGAAUAUGGAAGCCUGAGAAUUCAUCUGAUACUAGUGGUACACCAGGUUACAUGGCUCCGGAAGUGAUGUGUCGUUAAAAUCAUGGUAUAGGAGUGGAUUACUUUGCUUUGGGAGUUAUCGUUUAUGAAUGCAUGUUGGGAAGGAGACCAUAUUUAGGAAGGAGCAGACAAGAAAUAAGAGAAUAGAUGCUAUCCAAAUAGGCAGCAAUUAAAAGACAAGAAAUUCCCCCAGGAUGGGAUAUAUAAGCUGGAGAUUUUGCUAAUUAGUAGUUACUUCAAAGAAAACCUCAGAAUCGUUUGGGUUCAAAUGGUCCAGAAGAAGUUAAAGAACAUCCUUGGUUCAAAGACUUUGAUUGGGAGAAGUUAGAAAACAAGAGAAUACUAGCCCCAUUUAUACCAAAUUGCAAUUAAGAUAAUUACUUGCCCUCAGAUGGAAUAAACGAUUCAGAUGAUUCCCUUAGUGCAGAACAACAUUUAAUGUUAAGACGAAAUUCAAUAUAAAAUUUAUUUAAUGGAUAUGAUUAAGAUGGUAACCAAUAACAAUGUUCACAGAAUAAUCUAAUGAUUUUUUCGAGUUAAUCGUCAGCUAGAUCGAGUAAGCCUCCUACUUUGUCAAGUACUCUAAAGUCUUCGAAAUUAUGA